AUGGCGGACAGCGGCGAACCGAAGAGCAGCAGCGGAGGCGACGCCUCGCCGAGCUCGGAGACGAAGAUCGAGCCGUUCAGGAUGCCGACGGUGGAGGAGAUGCGAGCCCAGGACGUGUGGAACAACUGCGCGAUUCGGAGCGCGUUCAGCGGCGUGGUCGGCGGCGGGCUGGGGAUCUUCAUGGGCUUCCUCCUCGGCGCGCUCGACAAUCCGCUGAUGCACGAUCCGGACAUGAGCGCCAAGAAGCAGUUCGUCUUCACCGCCAAGCAGAUGGGCAGCCGGAGCUGGAGCAACUGCAAGACGUUCGCCCUCAUGGGCCUGGUCUUCUCCGCCGCCGAAUGCGUCGUCGAGAAGGCCCGCGCCAAGCACGACGUCACCAACACCGCCGUCGCCGGCUGCGUCACGGGCGGCGCCAUGUCCGCCAGGGCCGGCCCUCAGGCCGCGUGCUACGGCUGCGCCGGGUUCGCUGCUUUCUCGGUACUGAUCGAGAAGUUCAUCGAUCGCCAUACCUGA